CAGCUAAAAUGAAUUCCAAUCCUGAUCCACCCUCAAGUCCCUCUCACUCACAGCUGCAUCUUGGAAGAUCCCAACUGAAUGCUGCUGCUGUGGACCCCAGUGAGAGUAGUCAGACGCCCAGAUCAGCUGCAGGAGAUGCUGCAACUUCUUCUGCAGUUCCUGGCUACUCCCAUAGUAGAGAGAGGGCUGAAAAAAAUGAAGCCAUGAAGGAAGAACCUGAAGUGCUCUUUGAGGAACUGCUUGAGAGGGCCAAAGCUGGGGAACCAAAAGCACAAACUGAGGUUGGAAAACACUUCUUAAGAUUAGCAGAAGAGGAAGAUGAAGAAUUUAACAAUUGUAGCGCAGUCGAUUGGCUCAUCCUUGCUGCUAAGCAAGGUCGAAGAGAGGCUGUCAAACUGUUGCGGAGAUGCUUGGCAGACAGAAGAGGCAUCACUUCUGAGAAUGAGCAGGAAGUGAAAAAGUUAUCAUCUGAGACUGACUUGGAGAGAGCUGUGAGAAAAGCUGCCUUAGUCAUGUACUGGAAAUUAAACCCAAAGAAGAAGAAGCAAUUAGCAGUUUCUGAACUACUGGAAAAUGUUGGGCAAGUUGACAAUGAAGAUGGUGAGAAGCAGCCUGGCCCAGUCCCAAAGUCAGUUCAGAAGCAGAGAAGAAUGCUGGAGCGACUGGUGAGCUGUGAAUCUAAAAAAUACAUUGCUUUGGAUGACUUUGUUGAAAUUACCAAGAAGUAUGCAAAGGGAAUCAUCCCAUCUAACCUGAUUAUGCAGGAGGAGGAAGACGAUGAAUUGGCAGGGAAGGCUCCUGAGGAGCUACCUUUGCGACUGAAGGUUGUAAAAUAUCCACUUCAUACCCACCAUAUCAAUGCUCUCAUCUUUUUCUUCAUUAUCAGUAAUCUGACAAUUGAUUUUUUUGCCUUCAUUAUUCCAUUAGUCAUAUUCUAUCUGUCCUUCAUUUCUAUGGUAAUUUGCACACUGAAGGUUUUUCAGGAUAGUAAGGCCUGGGAAAAUUUCCGCACUUUGACUGACUUACUGCUUCGUUUUGAGCCAAACCUAGAUGUUGAGCAAGCUGAGGUGAACUUUGGAUGGAAUCACUUGGAGCCAUACAUUUAUUUUUUGCUCUCAGUGUUCUUUGUCAUUUUUUCCUUUCCCAUAGCAAGCAGAGACUGCAUACCAUGCUCAGAGCUUGCUACCAUCUCUGUUUUCUUCACAGUGACAAGUUACAUGAGUUUAAGCACAUGUGCAGAACCCUACACACGAAGAGCACUAAUAACUGAGAUAGCAGCUGGUUGCUUAUCCCUACUGCAGGUAUUACCUGUGAAUUUGAGCUACUUGAAAUUCUUAGGAAAAACCUUCUUUACCCUUCCCGUAGGCCAUUUCUUUGUGAUAAAUGUAAGCAUCCCGUGCCUUUUGUUUCUGUACUUGUUCUAUCUUUUCUUCAGAAUGGCCCAAUUACGGAAUUUUAAAGGCACUUACUGCUACCUGGUCCCAUACCUGGUGUGCUUCAUGUGGUGCGAGCUCUCUGUGGUCAUUCUGCGGGAGUCCUCCGGCAUCGGGCUCAUCCGCGCCUCCAUUGGGUACUUCCUGUUUCUCUUUGCGCUGCCCGUGCUAGGCAUAGGCAUCGCCCUCAUGUGUCUCUUCCAUUUCUUUAAGUGGUUUGUGUCCCUGGAACUCAUGAAAAUUGUGGUCUCUCUGGCUUUGUGUGCUGUACCUCUGCUCUUCCGUUUUGCUAACUUCUCUGUAGUUGAAAUGGUUAAAUCCCUCACUCGGAGCUCAAUUGUGAAACUCAUUUUGGUGUGGAUUACAGCUGUAGUGUUGUUCUGUUGGUUCUAUGUCUACCGAUCAGAGGGGAUGAAGGUUUACAACUCCACCUUGACGUGGAAUCAGUACGCGUUCCUCUGCGGGCCCCGGUCGUGGAAGGAGACCAACAUGGCGCGUACUCAGAUUCUGUGCAGCCACCUGGAAGGACACCGAGUGACUUGGACGGGGCGGUUCAAAUACGUGCGCGUUACGGAAAUCGACAACAGUGCAGAAUCUGCAAUAAAUAUGCUGCCCCUCUUCAUCGGGGACUGGAUGAGAUGCUUGUAUGGCGAGACCUACCCUCUUUGCGACCCCAAAAAUGUUACUGCGGAGGAGGAGGAAUUGUGUCGUCUCAAGUAUCUGACGAAGCAUAAGUGCCACAUGAAAAUGUUUGAUCGGUACAAAUUUGAAAUAACCGUGGGCAUGCCUUUCAGCAGCAAAAAUGGAACUAAGUCUGUAGAGGAGGAUGAUAUAACCAAAGAUAUUGUGCUGAAGGCAAGCAAUGAGUUUAAGAAAGUGUUGCUGAACUUGAGGCAAGGAAGUGUAAUUGAAUUCAGCACAAUUCUGGAGGGCCGUCUUGGCAGUAAAUGGCCUGUCUUUGAACUGAAAGCAAUCACUUGCUUGAAUUGCAUGUCUAAACUCUUACCUGCAGGGAGGCAUGUGAAAAUAGAGCAUGACUGGAGGAGCACAGUGCAUAAAGCCAUUAAAUUUGCUUUUGAUUUUUUCUUCUUCCCAUUCCUGUCAGCUGCUUAAUGAGCUCUGAUGUUG